AUGUCUGUGCCUGACCCCACAAAUAUGGCGGCGUUCCUGGACUUCUUCAAGAGUGACAUGAUGGACAAUCCCCCUGCCCCCCGGAGCUUUCUGCGCAUUCCUCAAGAGCUCACGCCAGAGUGGAAGAUUUUUUUCGAAAAGCUCGCAGUAUUCUGCGAGAAUUCAUGUGGUUCCGUCAACGAUAUCCCAUACAAUACCUACGAAAGAAUUGCCUGGGAGAAAAGACAGUGGAUUAUGGAAGAUGAGAACCUCGAUGAAUUCGAUAUGUGGCUGACUGCCACAUUAACGCGAAAGAGAAGGCGAGUUCAGCUUCCCUUUCAUAGACAGGGGAAUGAAGCACUUAGGAAUGGCGAAUCAGAGAAAGCCUUUGGGCUGUACAUGAUAUCAGUGCGAAUAUUCCCGUGUCCGGACGCAAUGAACAAUCUGGCCGCCUGUGCAUUAAAAGAGAACAGCAAGUUCAGGUCAACUUCCAACAGAUUUUCUAUCGCGGAACAGCACACCACUAUCGGGUAUUUAACAACCCCUGUCGGGCGUGCAAAAGCACACUACGCAGAGCAAAGGCACGUUGUCAUCUGGGAAAUUUCAGAGAAGGGCUUGAAGCAACCCUACUCAGAUGUCAAUUUGGCCCUGGAACUACAACCUAACGACACAGCCAUUCUGGCUCUGAAGGAUGAGCUGACGCGGCUGUCGGAUAUUGUGGUGUCAGCUGCUAGUCUGCAGAGCUAUUUGGAUCAGCAGCCUCAUCCACCAGCCAAAAUCAGCUGGUCUGAAGGCCUCGAUAAGCGCGGCUAUCUGCUAGAAGGUUGCCAAUAUGACAAAUUGCCUUUGAAUUCUCCCUUGAGACGGGCCCCACCACCAAUGUACUGA